UGAAAGCAAGAGACGCGUUUCCGGUCUUUCUAUGGUGAUCUUUUGUGAAUGUUGACGCGGUGUAAAUCGCGGUCUGGACAAGGAUAACGGGUCCUGCCAACCUGGAAAAAAUUAAAAAAAAAAAUCGCUUGUCUUCGCAUUGGCUGUGCAUAUGUUGUUCUAUAUUUUUUGUGGUGUUUGCCUAAUCCACAGCUUUGAUCACAGGCCCGGGCGAACCGCUACUCGUGCAUAUUCGCUAAUGGGAGCUCAGUAGCUAGCUAACUUGACGACGACGACGAUGAUGAUGAUGCAUCAGUGGAAUCAUCCCGGUGUCUCUGACUGAGAUGGAGCCAGCGGCGCUAAAGUGGAGUUGCUUGCUAGCUAGCUAGCGAGCUAACGGUGCCCACUGGGAGUCACUGUACCGGGCAGCCCCGGAUAACGUUAGCUAAAUGGGUGCAGCCGCAGAUUUAUUGCACAUGCUUUGUUUUAACGUUAACGCUCUUAUACGUCUUUACCUCUGUCCCAAGAUUUGGUAGACUACCAUGUCAAGUAGCAAAAAUUGCUAACUUAACUGUUUGGGUUAAGUACACGUGACACAAUUUAUUUCGCCCCAACAGUCCUGCCUCUAAUUGCUCCAUCUCUGACUGUCCUUGGACGCUUCAGCGACAUUUAAUUGGACGGUGUGUAUCAGGAUGGCACAGCUCUUGGACAGGGCCGUUAAACUGGGCUGGGUUCUGCUCAAGUCUGUGCUCCGUUUUCUGUUUAUGUUCUUCAACAACUGUGUAGCCAUCCCGUCCUACUGCUUAUACCUGCUGCUUCUCCAGCCGCUGAGAAUAUGGGACAGCUCCACUUUCUGGCACAUUGAAGGAAUUAUGUUCAAAUGGCUGCUGGCCAUGGUGUCAUCAUGGGGCUGGGCUGCAGGUUAUACAGUAACGGAGUGGGGUGAUGACGUACGGCCCAUCUCUGAAGAGGAAGCCAUGGUCAUUGUCAACCACCAGUCCACAGGAGAUGUGUGCACGCUCAUGAUGUGCCUGCAGGAUAAGGGCACGGUGGUACGAAAAAUGAUGUGGUUGAUGGAUCAUGUGUUCAAAUACACCAACUUUGGCCUCGUGUCUCUGAUCCAUGGGGACUUUUUCAUCAGACAGGGUAAAGCUCACCGAGACAAGCAGCUGGUCUACCUGAAAGAGCACCUAGACAAAUACUACAACAGCCGUGACAGGAAGUGGAUAGUGCUGUUCCCUGAGGGCGGCUUCCUGCGCAAGCGGCGGGAAACCAGCCAGUUGUUUGCCAAGAAACACUCUCUCCCCCACCUAUCCCAUGUCACAUUGCCUCGUCUUGGGGCCACCCACGUUAUCCUGAAAACUCUAUCUGCCCAGCUGGAGAACGGCAACGUGGUCAACAAGACAGGUAACAAGCAUAAAGGCCUGAAGUGGGUAAUAGAUGUAACCAUAGCGUAUCCUCACGCAAGACCCAUGGACAUCCAGACCUGGAUCUUUGGCUACAAGGCCCCUACAGUCACACAUGUACACUACAGGAUGUACCCAAUAAAAGAGGUUCCUGUGGAGACAGAGGCCCUCACUGACUGGCUGUAUCAGAGGUUUGUGGAGAAAGAAGCAUUGCUGGCUCACUUCUAUGAUACAGGUUCAUUCCCCACUCUGGACAGACAGAAGGAGGCAGUUUCCCGGCAGAUGACCCUUGACCCCGUGUGGCUGUGCAUGGUCCAGUCAUUUGCAGUCGCCUCCGGAUACAUGUGGUACAGUGUCCUCCAGUACCUCUACUGCUGUGUAUUUUGAGUGGGAUGAUGAGGCGAGAGUCUUUAUUGGACCACUGGAACAGCCUCAGGAUCAGCUGGCGUGCGGCCCAGCACCGUACCUGCCCCCUACGAUGGAUGAAUGUACAUUUGCAACAGUGGAGAGAAUAGGAAAAAUAAAAACAACCACACAUGAAUACACAAACACACAGAUUACAAAAGCCCGUACAAUGUGGAACUGGUCACAGGAAUAGGUAACUUGCGUACAGCCCUAACACCACGCACUCGCUCCAACGGCCUAGCAGAAUAAUCUCACACUCGUUAUCACUCGCGUUUGGAUGUUUACGUGUCCUCAUACACGUAGACACUCACACGUACAUAACCUUUUAUUCACAGUUAAUGACAUGAGGCUCAGGACUCCUCCAGAAGACAUUCUGGACUGGACUCUUUCUCUUUCUCUUUCUCUCUCUCUCUCUCUCUCUCUCUCUCUCUCUCUCUCUCUCUCUCUCUCUCUCUCCCCCCCUCUCCCCCUCCUAGGCUUUAGCCGUAGUAGUUUUACAGAGUAUAAAGUACUGUAUGUAUGGACGCGUGUGAGUGAAUAUCUGUGACUAGAAGCAUAAUGUCUGCCUUUCCUCUUCCUGGUGAGAGUUGAUGAAGCCCACUGGACCUCUCUUUCAGCCCGCUGACUAGCCGGCCACACCUUCCAGAGUGAGCACCUGUACGAACAUUGAGGCUGCACAGCCGGCCACUCGUCUGGCCUUCAUUGCACUAAGGACCCAUACUGCCCCACAAAAUACUCCUCAAUAGUAGCUGUCAGUAUUUUAAUUUCUCUAAUUUUCUUCCCGCAUAUCUCCACUGCACCGGCCAUCGUAUUUGUUGUCUACUUUUUGUCGUCAAGACUUUUUAUUCUUUUAUUCUGAAUCCGCCCGUCUGUCGAGGAAGUAUUCUGAGCUCCCUGAGGAUCAUGUUUACACUGGUGGCCCUGCUGAAAGCCUAAAAGGAUGGUUGGUCUUUUUCUAUUUCAGAUGUGAAGGGAGAAAGACGAUGCCACAGUGGAAGUUUAGAGAAACAAAAAUCGGGUAACGUGCAGAGUGAGAUCUGCCAUCUGAUCACCUAAAGAGUAACUUCUACAAUGUGGAUUCUCCUUUCCACCCUCUGCUCACUAACACGCACACACACACUUGCACAGACAAACGUGCAGGCACGGCCGUGUGCAGCUACACAGCAGAGUAAACGUCUGUCUUGAGGAUCAUCUCAAAACACCGGACUGAGAAGGCAGAGACUCUCAUUCCCCUGUUGGACCAUAUAGUUUUACAAAUAUUUAAGCCAUAUGCUUAGUGUUGUUGAGGUGGGAAUUAAAAAAAAAAAAGAUUUUUAUAGAAAGCUACCCUAAUGUUCAGCAUUCUAAAAUAGAGAUUUUGGCUUACAGAACUAUAGGUGUCAUCACUGUAAAUUUACAGCAUAACCUGCCUAAGUGAGUGUGUGGUUGUCUCUUCCCCCUAUUUUUGAUAUAUAUGAAUCAUGUUGUGUUGCUCUGUGAUGUCAGAGUGUGGCAGCAAUUUCACCACCAGUGGUCAAAUUUUAUUUCAAUUUAAAUGCCAUAACCUGUCAUCCUCAUGUCACAUGCGUUAUGUUUAGAUCCUGUACAGUACAUAACAAAGCCGAGGAACGGUUUUCAUUGUUGGAGGUGACUGCAGCGUGUCGGAUCAUUUCAGAGAAUUUGUUUAAAUCAUCAUGUUAAAAAAGAGAGAGAGAAAGAAGGGAUUCUCUCCACUUCUGUGUCCCCCUGCAUUUUUUUUUUCUUUUUGAGCCUUUGAAUAGGAAGUUGCGGGAUUCAAGACAUUAGAGCUCCUGUAUGUCUGUGUGCUUGCUGACACACCAUUUGCACAGUGACACAUAGGCCCAAACAUGUACGACAGUACUUUUUAAAUCAUGAGGGUUUUUAUGGAAAACCUUGACUGUCAGGCCUUAUCUGAUAACCUGGUGAACCACAGUCCCAGGCAGUGCUGUUUCCUUGCACUCCUUCUCUGGGGUAUUUGUUUAAAAAAAAAAAAAAAUAGUUUGAAGUGGGUAAGCGAGGACGGUAUCACUCUUCACUUAGGAGGGAAACUCUUGCAGGGUCCUGCGGUGUUGCAGCCGUUUGCUCUCGUGUAGUUGUUGGUUUGUUUUGAGGUCAGUUACGUGAGGAGCUGCGGUUAUUGUUGUGAGCCGUGUAAAAGGUGGCCCUCGCUGUGUGCCACUGUUAAUAUAAACUCUGUGACUUUUUUUUUUUUUUGAAAAAGGGCUACCCGAUUGGGUAGGUGAAAACAUUUCAAAUCAGGCUGUAAACACCUUUCAUCCAGCAGCCCUUUCAGAUUCCCCUCCAUCAUGAGAGUGACUUGAAAUGACUUUUUUUUAAACGUUUUGAUUUUAUUUCAUUUUUAAUUUUUUUAAAUUUUCUGACCAUGUUUCCAAAGAAGGCAGGGAAGUAAUGUUUUCCUAGAUGUGGUUUUAGGAAAUAAACACAAUAGGGACAGAAGCAAAUUAUACUAGAACUGUCUGUAAUUUUUCAUUUUGUACUUCUCCUUUAAUUCCUAGCUACACAGCCAUUUUACAACACAAAAAAUU